AUGGAUAGAAUAAAAACGCGACUUCAAGUACAAUCUAAUAAAUCCUCGUCAGCUAAAGCCCGCGAUGAACAUUAUGAUUCAACGUCUGACGCCCUUCGUAAGAUUAUAUCGAACGAAGGAAUAUUAGGGCUUUAUGCAGGAUUACCCGCUGGACUUAUUGGUGUAGCAUCCACGAAUUUUGCAUAUUUUUACUGGUACUCAUUCAUUCGCACUCAUUAUCAACGAAACAGGCCAGCAUCAUCAUCAACAGCUGCUGAGCUCGCACUGGGCGCUCUUGCAGGAAUCCUCGCCCAGAUAUUUACGAUUCCAGUCUCGGUUAUUACCACUAGACAACAGACAGCGGAGAGAACUGAGCGAAAAAACCUGAUUGGCACAGCGAAAGAAAUCAUUUCUGAGAGUGGGAUCACUGGAUUAUGGAAAGGAAUAAAACCAUCAAUGGUAUUAUGUGUAAAUCCCGCCAUCACCUAUGGUGCUUUCGAAAGAUUCAAGGACAUCUUAUCAAAAAGGAGUAAUACGGGUGAUCUCUCUCCCGGUGUCAUCUUCUGUCUUGGGGCACUUAGUAAGACCAUUGCCACGAUAAUAACUUACCCCUACAUCAUGGCAAAAGUUAGAUUACAAUGUAAACCACCAAGCGAAGUGGUGUUGGUUGACACAGAGAGCAAGAGAAAUGGCAAUUUAGGAAUAAACUCGAAGAGGACACAAAGAGAGAUAUAUAGCGGUGCGUUAGAUGUAUUGAGAAAAGUUUUGGAGACUGAUGGAAUCCAAGGGUGGUACAAUAUACAACUUUACAACAUUAAAUCGCGAAACUUAAAAAGAUUCCAAUACUAA